UUAUAUAGAAUAUCGCGAAUGCUGCCAACAAGUAGGACUUGAUAUCCGGGGAUUAGAAGAUUCUUUUGAGGAUGUUCAGUUUGUUCGUCCGGUGCUGAAAUAGGGUGCUUUAGUUCUGUUCCAUGGAAAUGGAAAUGCGACCAAGCAAAGGUAGGAGAAAUUAACCUAAGCUCCUUCAAUUUGUGUGUGUCGGAUCCGGAAACUCGAUCUAGUUAGCCCCCAAGGUCCAAUAAUGGUGGCCACAGAAGCGACAUCUCCCUCGAGUGGCCCUUCCGUAGACAGGAAGGUCCAGGCACACUUACAACGUGGGGAUUGUUACCUCAUCCACAGCUGCUAAACACGUCACCUUGGAGUGUUUUGUCAACUUAUCGACGAAGACCGGCCCCGGCCAUUUCGAAAGUCCGGCCUGUAUUUAAAGGGUUUCUCCCACAGAGUCUGUCCACCACAGCAGAUUUUCUUCUUGUAAGACCAAAUUUGCAGAGGAUGAGUGCCGUCAAUGGCUCCAGAGGUGGGCUCGAUGUCCUGCCUGGUACACAAGGCAAAGUCAUUACAUGCAAGGCUGCUGUACUUUGGGGUCCAAACGAGCCGUUUGUAAUUGAGGAGAUUCAAGUCGAGCCACCUCAGCAGCUGGAGGUCCGGAUCAGAGUCCUGUACACAUCCAUUUGCCACACAGAUCUUAGUUUCUGGAAAGGAGAGAACGAAGCUCAACGAAAGUUCCCGAGAAUAUUAGGCCAUGAAGCGGCAGGGAUCGUGGAGAGCGUCGGGGAAGGAGUUGUGGACUUGAAACCAGGAGACCACGUGGUCCCAAUCUUCAACGGCGAAUGCGGCGAUUGCGUCUACUGCAAAUCGGAAAAGACGAACCUCUGCGGCAAGUACAGAGUGGAUCCCUUCAGGAGCACCAUGUUGAACGACGACGGAACUCGGUUCUCCGUCAGAGGUCAGCCGGUCUACCACUUUCUCUCCACCUCCACCUUCAGCGAGUACACUGUUCUAGACUACGCCUGUGUGGUGAAGAUCGAUCAGAAGGCACCCUUGGAGAAGAUGUGCUUACUCAGUUGUGGCGUCAGCACAGGUGUUGGAGCCGUGUGGAAUACAGCAAAAAUGGAAGCGGGGGCGACUGUGGCCGUGUUUGGCCUUGGAGGGGUUGGCCUUGCAGUUGCAGAAGGUGCGAGGGUCAACGGGGCGUCCAGAAUAAUUGGCGUCGACAUUAACCCUGAUAAAUUCGCCAAAGCUAAAACGAUGGGGGUCACGGACUUUGUGAACCCAAAAGAUUGGGACAGACCAGUUCACCAGGUGAUCAGGGAAAUGACUGAGGGAGGAGUUGACUACAGUUUCGAGUGUGCAGGCAAUUAUGAAGUGCUGCGAGAGGCCUUUGUUUCUACACAUGACGGUUGGGGCAUGACAAUAAUUGUGGGGAUCCACUCUAGUCCUAAGAUGCUGCCCUUGCACCCGAUGGAACUGUUUGACGGCAGAGGCAUAAUCGGUUCCGUGUUUGGAGGCUUCAAGGGCAAGACACAGCUGCCGAGCCUUGCUCAGAAGUGCAUGAAAGGGGAGGUGAAUUUGGAAGGGUUCAUAACUCACGAGUUACGGAUGCAAGAUAUCAAUCAGGCAUUUAAACUCUUGAAUGAAGGCAAGACUCUCAGAUGUCUGCUUCAUCUGUAAGCCGGUCCGUCUCUUGCCGGCCGGAUAUGCUGUAACUCUGUCGGUGCUUUGCUCCUUGUUCUAAUUAAUAAUACACAAUCUUUUCAUCCCCUGUAACUCCUCUUUGUAAGUGAAAGGGCGUGAUGUUGUUUAAUGGAAAAG